ACUGCAUCUGUAUUGCAUAUAUUCCUGCUGGCUAUGGUGCUAUAUCCUGACGUCCAAGCCCGGGCUCGUGCAGAAAUUGAUCAGACUGUGAGGCAUGAUAAAAUGCCAUGUCUUAAUGACAGGGCGUCCCUGCCCUAUCUUGAUGCCAUUUUCUGCGAGGUCAUGAGAUGGUAUCCUGUCGCCCCCCUAGGAUUUUCACAUGCAACUUCAGAUGAUGAUGUUUACGACAGGCAUUUUAUACCCAAAGGUUCGAGGUGGUACGAGUCAAGGUUGCCGGCACUGUCUCGGGAUGAAGAUAUAUUUCCCGAUGCAUCGCACUUCGAUCCUAGUUGCCAUCUAACUGUUGACGGGAAGCUGAAGAGCCCUGUUGUCAACCAUUUUGCCUUUGGUCAUGGCAGACAUAUUUGUCCUGGUCGUUGGUUUGCAGAGUACACUAUGUGGACUGCAAUUGCUGCCAUACUCGCUGUCUUACGCAUCGAUCAUGCCAAAGACUCAAACGGAGACAGGAUUGAGGUGAAGCCACAGUUCACCACCGGCAUGGGGAUGUAA